UCUUAUACGGAGACGAUUAAUGAUGAUAAGUAUUGGAGCUAGAAACAAGGAAAAUAAAAUCAAAUACAGUCAGUGUGACCAAUACACACCAAAUUCCACUCAUCUUCAUCUCCGUCUCGCUCUGAUCCUGUUUCCUCUCGGGAGCCAUGGAUCCCUACAAGAAUCGCCCAUCAAGCGCUUUCAAUUCUCACAUCUGGACCACUAAUUCCGGUGCCCCCAUCUGGAACAAUAACUCGUCGCUCACGGUUGGAUCAAGAGGUCCAAUUCUUCUGGAGGAUUAUCAUCUGGUGGAGAAGCUUGCAAAUUUCGACAGGGAAAGGAUCCCUGAGCGAGUCGUCCAUGCGAGGGGAGCCAGCGCAAAGGGUUUCUUUGAAGUCACGCAUGACAUCUCUCACCUCACGUGUGCUGACUUCCUUCGCGCUCCUGGAGUUCAGACUCCCCUCAUCGUCCGCUUCUCCACCGUCAUCCACGAGCGUGGCAGCCCUGAAACCUUGAGGGAUCCCAGAGGAUUUGCCGUCAAAUUUUACACCAGAGAGGGUAACUUCGACCUCGUCGGAAACAACUUCCCCGUCUUUUUCGUCCGUGAUGGCCUCAAGUUCCCCGACAUGGUCCAUGCUCUGAAACCCAAUCCCAAGUCCCACAUCCAGGAGAAUUGGAGGAUCCUCGAUUUCUUCUCCCACCAUCCCGAAAGCCUUCACAUGUUCUCCUUCUUAUUCGACGACGUAGGUAUCCCCCAGGAUUACAGGCACAUGGAUGGUUUUGGUGUCAACACAUAUACCCUCAUCAGCAAAGCUGGCAAGCCUCACUAUGUCAAAUUCCAUUGGAAAGCCACCUGUGGUGAAAAGUGUCUCUUGGAUGAGGAGGCCAUCAGAGUUGGAGGAUCCAACCAUAGUCAUGCCACCCAAGACCUUUACGAUUCAAUUGCUGCUGGAAACUAUCCUGAGUGGAAACUUUAUAUCCAAACAAUGGAUCCUGAACACGAAGACAGAUUUGACUUUGACCCACUUGAUGUAACUAAGAUCUGGCCUGAGGAUGUUUUGCCCCUCCAGCCGGUUGGCCGCAUGGUCUUGAAUAAGAACAUCGAUAACUUCUUUGCCGAGAACGAACAACUUGCAUUUUGCCCUGCCAUUGUUGUCCCUGGCGUUUACUACUCCGAUGAUAAAUUGCUUCAGACUCGGAUAUUCUCCUAUGCCGAUAGUCAGAGACACAGACUUGGUCCCAAUUAUCUGCAGAUUCCUGCUAAUGCACCCAAGUGUGCCCAUCACAACAAUCACCAUGAAGGUUUCAUGAAUUUCAUGCACAGGGAUGAAGAGGUCAAUUACUUCCCUUCAAGGUUUGAUCCUGUUCGGCAUGCAGAAAGGGUUCCCGUUCCUCCUCGAAGCCUAGAUGGGAAGCGUGAAAAGUGUAUGAUUGAGAAGGAGAACAACUUUAAGCAACCUGGAGAGAGAUACCGAUCCUGGGCCUCUGACAGGCAAGAAAGAUUUCUCCGCCGAUGGGUUGAUGCUUUGUCUGAGCCACGUGUCACCCACGAAAUCCGCAGCAUCUGGAUAUCGUACUGGUCUCAGGCGAGUUAUUCGUACACCCUUAUUGCUACUGUAAACAAUGUGCCCAAUUUCUCCCUUAUUCAUUUCAUGUGACAUUUAGUCAUGCGAUGGGGCAUUAAACAGGGUGUAAUGGUUUGAUCCUACACUUUGUUGUACUCUUCCCGGUUAUCAUACCCUUUCCUCUUUUCCACUAACCCAUGGGACCACAAUAUAUAUUGUGUGCCCCUUGAACUGAAAAGAGCGUAAAUCCGCAUUUGGGGUUCUCACGUGAUAUUUUAUGGAUGGUAUUGCUGCGCAGGCUGAUCGUUCUCUUGGACAAAAGAUAGCAUCUCAUCUGAAUUUGAAGCCAAGCAUCUAAGAUUGGCGGUGACGACACGAGCUUCUAAGAGUUGCAGAUGAAGGAAAAAUUGAGAAGUUUGUGGCGCUGUAAUAGUUUCAAAGGACUGGUUAUUACAGUAUUAUAUGGUAUAUUGCUUGUUUCACGAACUCAACUUCUUGACUUGUUUCCACGCCAUAAUACAAGUCCAUUGUGACAUGGUGAAGAUCUGCACGACCCACUGUUUCACAAGACCUUUUCGCUGGCUUCUAAUAUUUCUGAAAAACUUAUAUGACUUGUUUAGUAAAAAAAAAAUUUCACAAGCUUAUAUUUCCAA